AUGUCUCUUCUUCCUCCUACCAUUUCUUCUCUCCUUGUCUCUUUCUUUCCCGUCUCCUCCUCCCGGCAAAGGCCCAACCACGGCCACCCCCACCACGCCCCGCGCCCAGGAGCAAAGGCCGCCGCGAGCCGCCGCGCCCAGGGGCAAGGGCCGCUGCGCCCAGGAGCAAGGGCCGGCCGCCGCGAGCAGCCCCCAGGAGCAAAGGCCGCCGCGAGCCGCCGCGCCCAGGAGCACAGGCUGCCGCGAGCCGCCUCGCCCAGGGGCAAGGGCCGCCGCGCCCAGGAGCACAGGCUGCCGCGAGCCGCGCGCCGCGCCCAGGAGAAGCGGCAGCGGCCGGCAAGGAGCUCCGCCUGCACCCAGCCCGUCGAGCCGCCUCCUUUCGCCUGGCCCGCAACCUAG